AUGGUUGUGUCAAAUACAUCAUCAACUUCUUCUACAUCUGAAGCCCAUGCACUAACACCUGUUCAUCAUACUGCAACAAAAACUGAAUGGAUGGAAGCUAUUGAACAACAACGUUUAGAAAGAUCAACACUUAAUCGAUUGAUUAUUAAUUAUCUUGUCACUGAAGGAUUUAAAGAAGCAGCAGAAAAAUUUGCUGAAGAAGCUGGUAUAUCAUUGAAUAAUAUAGAUUUAACAUCAUUAGAUGAACGUUUAAGAAUUCGUGAAGCUAUUGAAAGUGGAAGAAUUCAAGAAGCAAUCAGUUUAAUUAAUACAAAAGCACCUGAAUUACUUGAUCAAAAUCGACAAUUAGCAUUCCAUUUAAAGCAACAACAUUUAAUUGAAUUAAUACGUUUAAAUUUAAUAGAUGAAGCAUUAACUUAUGCUCAAAUUCAUUUAGCUGAAUUUGCAGAAGAAGAAAUAAAAAUGCGACAAGAAUUAGAAAAAACGAUGGCAUUACUUGUUUUUGAUAAACCAUUAGAAUCUCCUUAUGGUUAUUUAAUGCAAAUAUCCCAUCGACAACAAGUUGCGAAUGAAAUAAAUAGUGCGUUACUUAUUUAUCAAAAUGACGAAUCAGAAUCCGAUUUAUCAAUGCUUGUUCGAAUGGCUACUUAUAUGCAAGAAAAAUUAGACAGUAAACAAUUACGUUAUCCUAAAUUGGUUGAUAUUGCUGGAGGAAAAUUAGAAGACUCAUAA